CCGACUGCGCACCUUAUUUCGUUCUUUUUCCUCCGAUGCACUUCAAAAAUCGACUUCUUCUUACAUUCAGUCCGACCUUAGUGACGAUCGACCCCUUCACCUGGCAGAGCUUCUCGGUUCAUCAGGGAGCGGGAUGAUACACCAAUGACUUCCUUUAUCCGCCUCGUCCUAGCGGCCGAACAAGUUCGGAGAAAAGGGGAUUGGAUUACCGUUGGGAACGAGAUCCAGUACUUCUGGCGACGUGGGGUGCGUGUAUUUAUUCAUCCAUGUCACUGGAUCUACGGAGGAGAAUGGCUCAUUGAGGAUAUCCCGGAUCCAACACCAUGGUUCGGGAAUGAUCCUAUUCGAUACGUUUUCGCCACUUGUAUUGCAGAGCAAAUGGCCGAAGUGUAUAACUGGAGGUUAGACAGACUGAACGUCAGAAGAGAUAGAUGGGUAGGAAAGGUUUCAGGCCAAUGGAACCCCAGAUUACCCCCCCUCGGCGUGAGCGUGCCCCGAGAUGGUGUGCAAAUGUCGGACCAUCUCCCAAACGUCGUAUCGUCGAUGAGUAUCGCAAAGCCCCUCAUAUUCGAUGGCCAGAGGAUGAAUAUUCGGAGAUUUUUUCAAAACGGAACUUCAUCGCCAAGACGGGAUUUUUGGAAUUCGCGUGGAAACGAUAUACACAAGCGUAGGUUCAGUUGAAGAGCUGUUCUAGUCCUCUGUGCAUUUCACUACCCUUGCCGCAAUUUCGUGCUUGAAGCUAAUGCACUCAACUGGGAACAAGGGAGUCCCUUCUCUCAAAUUAGACAUUCCAUUGAAUAUACACUUGCAGCGUCGUCACGGCCCGGACCAGACUUGGCUUCGAGUUUCAUAAAUGGGGACCAGCCCGACGCUGUGAGGUUCAGUGACAGAAAGCUUAUCUUUCUUACUAAUGCCAGAGAUAACGUUCUCGUUUACGGUCGGGCCGAAAUUGUCUUUCCUUCCGG